AUGACACACGCUAUUAUAUCAUCUGAUAGCUUAGAGAACCUCAACAAAAGAGUAAAUAAGGCUUUGGGAUAUCUCAGCGAAUGGAUUGCACUAAACUGCCUUAAGUUCAAUUUUAAUAAAUACAAAAUGUUUAUCUUGGAUUGGUUCACUGGUGUCCUUGGAUUCCUUGGUUUGUGGAAGAAGUCUGGAAAGUUGUUGUUCCUGGGCUUGGAUAAUGCUGGCAAAACAACAUUAUUGCACAUGCUGAAAGAUGACAAACUUGCACAGCAUGUACCAACAUUACAUCCCACAUCGGAGGAGCUGUCAAUAGGCAGUAUGCGGUUCACCACGUUCGACCUCGGCGGGCAUCAACAGGCUCGACGCGUAUGGCGUGAUUACUUCCCCGCAGUAGACGCCAUAGUGUUUUUAGUGGACGCAUGUGACCGCGCCCGCUUGCCCGAAUCUAAGGCCGAGUUGGACUCGUUGUUGACUGACGAGACACUCAGCAACUGCCCUGUCCUCAUCCUUGGUAAUAAAAUUGACAAACCGGGCGCGGCCAGUGAAGACGAGCUUCGCCAGUUCUUCAACUUAUACCAACAAACUACUGGAAAGGGCAAAGUAUCGCGAUCAGAGUUACCCGGACGGCCCCUCGAGCUGUUCAUGUGCUCGGUGCUGAAGCGCCAAGGCUACGGCGAAGGCUUCCGCUGGCUUGCGCAAUACAUCGACUGA